AUGCAUUUAAGGCUGUCAAAUGAUGAUCUCUCUGUUGCUCUGGUCCCAAAACCGUCUGGAAAGAAGGAUGGUAAGAGAAUUUUGUAUAACCGGAAUGAUGCUGAAAUCAAAACAAUUGCAGAAGUCGCUGAGGCCAAUCAGGUGGAGAUUUGCAAAAUAAUAUGUACUAUUGAAGCUAUAGAUACAGAUUGGUCUUGGUUCUACAUUGGUUGUAACCGGCACCAAAAACGUGUACUUAAGAUUCCUAAAGUUGAUUAUGGAAGGAUGACAAAAAAAGAUAAGCCUAUGUUUCGUUGUGAACUUUGUCGUUCUAAUAUCAAUACUGUUGGACCCAAAUUCAAGCUACAUCUGGUUGUGAAAGAUGACUCUGCAACAUGUAAUGUGAUGUUGCUAGGCUCUGUUGGUAACUCCAUCGUUGGAGUGGAUGCUGAAGAAUUAUGGGAUGGCUCAUAUGAGGAGAUUGAAGAUCCAGAUAUACUACCAGAACCUAUUCUUAGUUUGGUCGGCAAGUCUUUCUGUUUUGGUAUUUCCAUAUCCUCAGACAAUGUCACAAAUGGAUCCGACACUUUUGUUGUUUUAGAGGUUUGUUCUGGAGAUAAAGUUCUUACUAUCCAGACAGACUCUCAAUCUAAUUCUGAUAUGGUCACAACUUCUUCUACCAUGUCAUCUGGAUCUGCCAUGAUGUUGGAUCAAAUUUCCUCUGAUGAGUGUCCAACUCCUAUAACAAAGCGCAAGGAUGAUGAUUGUGAUCUACAGGACCUAACAUCUUCUUCCAAGAAACAAUGCACCAAGAUAAUCAAAGAAGAGAAGAUCAAGAAUGAUUAG